AUGAAUGUUUUAGGAAUGAUAUUCAGCAUGUGUGGCUUGAUGAUGCGGAUGAAAUGGUGUGCUUGGAUGGCUCUAUUAUGUUCCUGUGUUAGUUUCGCCAAUACACGUUCAUCAGACGAUGCAAAACAAAUUGUUAGCAGUUUCAUGUUAUCAGUGUCGGCUGUCGUCAUGAGUUAUCUACAGAAUCCUCAGCCAAUAAUCCCACCGUGGGCAUCGUUCAUGUGA